UGAGACGCACUUGUGUUCAGCUGGCCGCUGGAAAGGGAGGGUAGGCGGCAGUUACAAACGCUCCUCUUAACUCACUGACAGCCUCUGGCACUACUCCGAGUGAGAGAGGGCGAGCGAGAGAGAGACAUUUCUGAGCAUAGAGGGGGAACUUGUUCAGCAGUGGACUUUUAUCAUGCUGAACUGACCAGCGUCUUCCCUCUGGAAUACUCUACCAAACAACUGCUAGGACGAGACUCGCAACACAGGGAUCAUUUCACUGCAAGACGCCAAAAUGCUCAGCUUUGAGCGGCCCCCUCCAUUAGCAGUGAUGCAUCCUGGGAGAGAACCUCCCUCUGUGGCCAUCCUGCCUCUGAGAAACACCCACCACCAGCAGCAGCAUCACAGGAGGAGAACCAAGAGGAUGGAGAGGGGCAAACCGGGACCGCGCUCCAAGAAACUGGCCAUCCUGUCACGGUCGCUCAUCAUCUGCAGCUCCAGCACCAAUGAGGACGCGUCCAGCCCAGAAGAGAGGUACCAUGAGCCCUGGGACGCCGGGUUGGAGGAGAAACACCGCAGGGACCCGCAGGAAGGGCCGAUGGGAAAUUCGGAAAAGUGCAUGACGAGGAGUGUCAGCGUCCAGGCACCUCAAAGGGGCCAAGAGGGCCCCAAAAGAACUAUGAGGAGGUCCUUCUCCAUCAAGGAAAGCAGUUUCUGGAGAAUGUGUGUCGCCACGCGGGAGGAGGGUCUACAAGUGGGUGAUAAACUUCAGUCCGGCAACAAUGGUGCUACUGUUGGACGAGAUUUACACAGGGACACUUAUAUCUACUUUGGAGACAGACUUGCCCCAUUUAACGGACAGAUUAUAAAUAAUCAAAGAAAACUGGAGGCUGAUCCAGAGAAAAGGCCUGUGCUGAAGACUGUUUGUAGAACCACCAGCACUGAAGGUUUCUCUCCAUGUGAAGGCAGAGCUCUGUUCGCUAAUGUCAAUGAGUCAGACCAGCUUGGCUACACUUAUGGAGAAAAGGAGGCAAUGGGAAACAACAAUAACUUGAAGAUGCCAGUUAUUAAGGUAUCAGACGAUGACGGCAAGAACUGCGACAACGAGGAUCAGAGCUGCCAAGAGACGUCCUGCAAGAGAUCUCGCUCCAACUCCACCAGCGUUCACCCGUACUGGAUCGGAGACUUGGAUACCAUCAUUAUGAAGACGCCAGAGCUGUUCCCGUGUCCCGCCCACGCCACCGCAGGCUUUUACGGCAACAGGAAGUCUCUCUCUCAGCAGCUGGAAUUCCCUCAUAGCAUCCCACAGUGGUCUCUGCAGGCUGUGGUUAGACCGUCUCGCUCUCUAAGUUCAGCACACUUGGUCCCCUCCUGCAGUAGCGUACAGGCCUUCAUCAUCUCCAACAUCGUCCUCAUGAAGGGCCAUGGAAAGGGUCUGGGAUUCAGUAUAGUAGGAGGAAGAGACAGCAUGUACGGCCCAAUGGGGAUUUACGUGAAGACCAUCUUUCCUGGAGGCGCAGCGGCCGCUGAUGGAAGACUACAGGAAGGAGACGAGAUACUGGAAUUGAAUGGGGAAUCUCUGCAUGGCCUGACCCAUGAAGAUGCCUUACACAAGUUUAAACAAGUGAAGAAGGGUUUGUUAACGCUGGUGGUGAGGACCAGUCUGCGGGUGGGGGCCGUGCCGGGCAGCCAUGGCCAGGUGUCUCAGUUAUGCCGAUCCAGAUCUCUGAGCUCAAGCACUGGUAUCAGUCGAGUCAGUGCUGAUCUGGGAGACUAUAAUUGCCUCAAUAACCCCGCAAAAGCCCAGGACAGAGUCAUGAUGGAGAUCACGCUGCAGAAGGCUUGA